AGUGGAUCAUAAUCGAUAAAACUAGAUAAAGCUAAAAACCACUAGCAUUCUGCCACAUGGCAGAUAGAAUCCUACCAGUGCACACCUCCUAUUAUGGCCACACUAUAUCCACAAGCUCCUCACUCGAAACUCAAACAGGUCUUCUCAUUUUCUUAGCCUUUUCCAACCAAAACACCAAAAAAAGAAAAGAAAAGAAAAGGCUGUCAACCAAAAAAGAUGGCCGCAACAACAGCAACAGCCGCUCUAUCCAGUACUACCAUGAUGAACACCUCCUUUGUUAGGAGACAGCCAACGACGACCUCCCUAAGGGCGGUUCCGAACGUGGGACAGGCCCUUUUCGGUGGCCAGAAGGCGAGCCGCGGAGGGCGUGUGACAGCCAUGGCGUACAAAGUCAAGCUCCUUACACCAGACGGGGAGUCUGAAAUCCAGUGCCCGGGCGAUGAGUACGUGCUGGACCAGGCGGAGGAGGCAGGCGUAGACUUGCCAUACUCGUGCCGUGCAGGCGCCUGCUCCUCAUGCAUUGGAAAGGUGGUGGAAGGUAAAGUGGACCAGUCAGACAACAGCUUCCUCGAUGAUGAACAAAUGGCUGAGGGUUGGGUUCUCACAUGUGUUGCUUACCCUCUCUCUGAUGUUGUCAUUCAGACUCACAAGGAAGAAGAGUUUGCUGCUUAAAACUGCAACGCUACCACUCUUCAUUCUCUUGGUUAUAAUUAAGCUAUCCUUCAAUUCAUUUUCAAUUAUUACUACUUUUUUUGGGGCAACAAAAGGAUUGGGAGGUGGAUCUUUUUAUUACAAUAUAUCAACUUGUUGAGUCUUAAUCGGCUGCAACACCACUUGUAGUGUUAAUUUGUUGUUAUUUUCGGCUUUAGUAGUGAAACUUCUCAUUUUGAAUGUAGUUCUAAUUAAUUGUCUA